AGUCAAAUUACACGCUCAUUUUUCUCUCUCUGGAAGUUACGAAGCGUAACCCGAACUCUAAUUUUUCUGCGUCACGAUUCACGAAUUUUUAGCGUCGCUCCGGUUUCUACUGUUUAUGCAUUUCCACUUUCAUCACUAUCAUUCUUCCACUUUUAAUCAAUUUUUUAAACGUUAUAGCAAAACCCUGUUGGAAUUUCGUUGCUUGCGACAAUGGCCACCUCUGGUGGUAGCAAUGUUGUUAGAAAUGGCACACAUAAUUACAGAAGCUCGCUCAAGCCGGACAGGCCUCUCUCUGCAAACUCGAACCCCAAGAAUCAUGUCAAGUCAAAGCCAUUGUCUUCGACCGGUCAACGCCGGAAUAGCACCGGCACCAUCGGCGGUUCUUCCGCAGCUUCCAAGGACGACGCUGGAGUUCCUGGAAGAGUGAGAGUGGCGGUUAGAUUGAGACCCAGAAAUGCAGAGGAAAUGGUGGCUGAUGCUGAUUAUGCUGACUGUGUGGAACUCCAGCCAGAGCUCAAAAGGUUAAAACUUCGGAAGCACAAUUGGGAUUCUGAAACUUAUGAAUUUGAUGAGGUACUCACUGAAUUUGCUUCACAAAAGCGAGUUUAUGAAGUUGUGGCCAGGCCUGUUGUGGAGAGUGUAUUGGAUGGUUACAAUGGGACAAUCAUGGCAUAUGGACAGACUGGUACUGGUAAAACUUAUACUCUUGGACGACUUGGGGAGGAAGACACUGCUGCACGUGGAAUAAUGGUGCGUGCCAUGGAGGAUAUUUUAGCUGUUGUCUCUUUGGAAACUGAUUCAGUCUCAGUGUCCUAUCUACAGCUUUAUAUGGAGACUAUUCAAGAUCUUCUAGACCCUGCUAAUGAUAACAUAUCCAUUGUGGAAGACCCCAAAACAGGAGAUGUUUCACUACCAGGGGCUAAGCUAGUUGAAAUUAGGGACCAGCAGAGUUUUGUAGAACUGCUAAGAUUAGGGGAGGCCCACCGCUUUGCUGCAAAUACAAAAUUGAAUACAGAAUCAUCACGAAGUCAUGCUAUUCUUAUGGUGCACGUAAAGAGAUCUGUGAAGGGAAGGGAUUCAGGUCUUUCAAAUGAAAAUGGCAAUCACUCACACAUGAUUAAAUCAUUAAAACCACCUGUUGUUCAGAAAGGCAAGUUGGUGGUAGUGGAUCUUGCUGGCUCAGAGCGCAUUGAUAAGUCAGGAAGUGAAGGACAUACACUUGAGGAAGCUAAAUCUAUCAAUCUGUCCUUAAGUGCAUUGGGCAAGUGUAUCAAUGCUCUUGCUGAGAACAGUGCCCAUGUGCCAUUCCGUGACUCAAAGCUUACUAGAUUAUUACGUGAUUCAUUUGGAGGUACAGCGAGAACUUCACUGGUCAUUACCAUUGGUCCAUCUCCACGUCAUAGGGGAGAGACUGCCAGUACUAUAAUGUUUGGUCAGAGGGCUAUGAAGGUGGAAAACAUGGUAAAAUUAAAGGAGGAAUUUGAUUACAAAAGCUUAUCUAGAACGCUAGAUAUACAGUUAGACAGACUCAGUAUGGAGCAUGAGAGGCAGCAGAAGGCAUUUGAAGAUGAGAUUGAGAGGUUAAGCAGAGAAGCAAAACGUCAGAUAUCUGAGGCUGAAAAACAGUAUGGUGAUGCAUUGGAGAAGGAAAGAUUGAAAUAUCAGAAAGACUAUUUGGAAUCAGUUAAGAAGCUUGAAGAGCAGAUGGUGAUGAUGCAACGGAAGAAUGAGAACUCUCAUCCAACAUCAAAUGGAGAGCUGUCUGCUGAGGAGGCAGCUGAUCUGAAAAUAAUGCUUCAGAAAGAGACUCUUUCAAGAAAAGCUGCUGAAGAGGAAGUUAAUAGUCUCAAAAUUCAAUUCACUGAACUGAAAAAGUCAGAGGCAUCAGGAAAGUUGGAAAUUUUAAAACUUCAUAAGAAGUUGGAAGAUGAAGCACGUGAGAAAGAGAAACUUCAAGGAGAAAUAGCAAUACUGCAAAGUCAAUUAUUGCAGUUGAGCAUUGAGGCUGAUGAGUCACGACGACAACUUGGCAGACCUGGAUCUGCAAAAGAUGCUAGUGGUCCUGAUUCUCUUACUUCCCAAGUUAAACAGCAACAACCUUCUGGUAAUGGUGAAAAGGCCUCGAUAGCUAAGCUCUUUGAACAAGUGGGAUUGCAGAGGAUUUUGUCAUUACUUGAAGCUGAAGAUGCUGAUGUGCGAAUCCAUGCUGUAAAAGUCGUAGCAAAUCUUGCAGCUGAAGAAACAAAUCAGGAGAAGAUUGUAGAAGCAGGUGGUCUCAAGUCCUUGCUUAUGCUACUUAAGAGCUCCCAAGAUGAGAUCAUACAUAGAGUUGCCGCAGGUGCUAUUGCGAAUUUAGCAAUGAAUGAAACCAACCAGGAACUCAUUAUGGCACAAGGGGGCAUUAGUUUGUUGUCAAUGGCUGCAUCUAAUGCUGAAGAUCCUCAGACCCUACGAAUGGUUGCUGGAGCUAUUGCUAAUCUUUGUGGCAAUGAUAAGUUACAAACAAAGCUGAGGGGCGAAGGUGGUAUCAAGGCUCUGCUCGGAAUGAUUAGAUGCAGGCAUCCUGAUGUCCAUGCACAGAUUGCUCGUGGGAUAGCAAACUUUGCGAAAUGUGAGUCUAGAGCUUCUACUCAAGGAAUAAAGACCGGGAGGUCUUUCCUUAUUGAGGAUGGUGCUCUUCCAUGGAUUGUACAGAGUGCCAAUAAUGAAGCCUCAUCGAUUAGGCGACAUAUAGAGCUUGCACUGUGUCACCUAGCACAACAUGAAGUGAACGCAAAGGAAAUGAUUACCGGAGGUGCUCUGUGGGAGCUAGUUCGUAUAUCGAGAGAUUGUUCAAGAGAAGACAUAAGGACACUUGCGCAUCGAACCUUAGUUGGCAGCCCGACUUUCCAAGCUGAAAUGAGGCGUUUGAAGAUAGUUUUGUAGACCAAAUUAAAGCGGGCUUUAAAAUGCAGAAGAUAUUACAAGUAACACAAGAAAGGAGGCAUUCUUCAGUGUUCUAGCUGAAAUUUUGGCAGCAUAGAGUAGAGUUGGGUAUGUAGCUGGCUGGUCAUCAAUGGGUGGCCAUAAUAUUAAUUGAUUUUAAUUCAUGUGGGUUCUCUCAAGUUUGCCUGAUCCUGUCUAGCUUGUAUGUAAAAUCAAUUGAUUUGUAUAUGAAUUUUUAGUUGGAAGGCUAGAGAUAAUUUUGUAUAUCUUCCCGGAUUGUAUGUAUGCUCGUUGCCCUUCACGACGGCAAGCAUUGAUUUGUUGAUUAAUGAUGCUUUGUAUUGUGUGGCCC